AUGAGGAUAGUCCUGAUAAGGCGCUGGGUCGUAUUUAAACCCAGGGUUCUCGAAUUCAGGUUUCUCCAUGUCAACUCGACCAUCAGCUCGACCGAGUUGAGUUUCCUCUGUUUGGACUCGAUCGAGUCCGCUGGUCGAGCUCUGGGAGGGUCUUGGGCUGGGAGUCUCCUUGGUGUAGUGAGGAGGGAUCGACUCCUAGGGAAAGGAGAGGUCAUGGAUGCCUUGUUCUUCUUAGAUGAGGAACUAGCCACCUUCUUCUCUAGGCUCUUGAUCUUGCUCACCAUCUUGUCCAUGGACUUUUGCAUCUUCUUCAUUGCCUUCCUUUGCCACUUGUUGAACUUUUGGAGAAGUCAAAUCUUCUUGUGA